UUUGACUAAUGUUAAUACACCCAACCUUCACCAUGAAAUCAAUUCAUUGUGUCUGGAAGUUCCAGUAGCAAUUGACACACAUAUAAUCAUGGCAGAAGCAGAAACAGAAGUCAUUCUGAAGAUGAGGAAAAUCUGUGUGAUAAACCCGGCCAUCCCAAGCCCGAUACAGACCAUGUUUCUCUCAAAUCUUGAUCUUUACUGGAUACCCUUCGACAACGUGCAAAACUUCUUCUUCUACAGAUGCUCUCCUUCAAUCCAAUUCCAUCCAUUAAUUCAAGGCCUAAAGAGAAGCCUCUCAUCAGUUCUGGUACAUUUCUAUCCUCUGGCUGGUCGGUUGAAGAAAGGAGAAUCAGGCAGAAUGGAGGUUGAUUGCACCAAUGGAGGAGUGCAAUUCAUGGAGGCAUCAAUCAGUGUACCGUUCCAAGACUUGGAAAAAAAUGGGUUUCGGUAUAAGCCCUAUUUCCAAAAGCUUGUGCCUAAUGUCAAUCUGUUUGCAGAUGAAAACCAUAGCACACCGCUUCUGUCCAUACAGGUCACAGCAUUUGAGGGAGCGGGGCUGUGCAUUGCAAUCAAACUUCAGCACGUUAUAGUGGAUGGAGCUUCUUUUUACCAUUUCAUGACAUCAUGGGCAGAGUGCAGCAGAGGCAUCCCCAUUUCCAAACCUCCUCAACACAACAGAACAGCCUUCAAACAAGAAUACAAGAAAUCCCCAUCAAUUUCCUACAGAGCCCAUGAUAUAAAAAGCCUUGGGAUUACAGGGGCCCAGAUUUUCAAGUUUGUUCCUGAGAAUUCACGGCCAGAGCACCAAAAAAGAUCUCUUUUUGAGGAAAAACACAAAGAGACUCCCCAAAACAGGAGUGAUCUGAUAUACGCAACAUUUUGUUUCACAGAAGAGACAAUUCAAGAGCUGAAACAAAGAAGUGGGGCUUCAAGCUCUUUUGUUGCAGUGGCUGCUCAGUUCUGGAGGUGUAUAAUGAGAGCUCGGCAGAUUCCAGAGGAAGAAUCUGUGUAUUUCUUAGUUCUGCCUGAUUGCAGAAACCGUGUUAAGCCUCCCCUGCUUCCAACUUAUUUUGGGAACUGUUUAUCUGUGGGUGUGGCGAAGAUUACAGCUGGCUUUCUCAUCAAUGCCCACAUCUCCUUUGCUGCAGAUGUUAUCCAGCAGCUCAUCAAUUCCUGCACUGAGGAAGCUCAGAUCAAUCAUCUGAUUGACUGGGUUGAAGUAUGUAACAGAAGAUUGCUUACAGAAUCUGGGUUGGUAUAUGGAACUAAGGCUGUAAAUUCUCCAAGAUUUCCAAUGUAUGACAUUGAUUAUGGGUGGGGGAAGCCUGUGGAUUCACAGAUGCCAGACAUGAAUGAUAUUGGAAGCAUGGUUUUGUUACCUCCAAAAGAUGGAAGCAAAAGUAUUAUGAUAUCAACUUGCCUUCCUCCAGACCAGAUGGAGAUCUUAGAUCAUCUUCUCUGUUUGGGAAGAGUUUAUCCAUCAGCUAGGCUGUAGAUUUCAUUAGUAUAUAGAAUUGUUGGGCUGCCCAAAAGAUUGGUUUCAGGUUGAACAGUGUCUUUUUUGGGGGCUCAGUCAGCAUUUUCCUUUGCAAUCAUUGAAUGAUUUCAUCUCAUGGAGACAGGUAUGUUAUUUUAACAACUUUUGUUUAACAAAAUGCAAGGUUUGUCUGUGGUUUAUGU